AUGAAACGUGCGCUACCACUACCACGACGGGUGCGAAAGCGGCUGUUCUCAUCCAACUCCUGGAUUGUGGCCUUCACUAGGGACAAGAGUCGCAAGGACCCGAUCAUGAGCAGCAGCUACGGCGACGCCACGGUGCUUCGGGUGGACUAUGAGAUGGAGCAGAACGUGGAGGUCCUGAAGCUCCUCACCUGGGCGGUGGCAGCUGGGCGAGUGGUGUCUGUAGUGGGCACGGAUGAGCCUGUUCAACCUCGGUCCCUGGCUUUCCAGACCUGGAUCUAUGUCAUGGCAAAGACGUUUGGGUGUGGUGUUCUCCGAGGAGGAUUUCUCACGACCACUGCCACUGACGAGGACCUUGCCCUCAACCUCACGACGAGCCUUCAAGUGGUUAUGGGAAUGUAUGAAGUUCCGCUGGGGGCUACAAGUGAUGGCAAGGAGUGGAUUGGCUUCACCGACAUGAACGAAAUGAGGACUCUCCGGGGAAUGGCGGUUUCCGGAGAGGCCCAUCAACCUCUACCUCCUGAGCUACAUCAACUACGCCUCCGUCACGCUCUUGCAGGGGUGCUGGAGUCCCGACUACUUUGGCCAAAGGCGGCGAAGCUCACGGCAGCGGAUCGACUGAUGUGGGCCAACCACUUGAAGAACGGGCAUAUCCCGUACCGGCGCGACUGCGCCACCUGCCUGCAAGCUGCGGGCACGGGCCGGGCGCAUCGACGAGUGGAUCGCCCACAGCCCUUCACGUUGGCGUUGGAUGUCGCUGGACCACUCAAGAGCAAAGGACGGUCAAUGGGAUUGGUUGACGAGAACAAGUUGAAGUACAUGCUUGUGGGAGCCUAUCGGAUUCCUAAGUCCUUGUUGACUGAAGGAGAACUUCCCCGAGAAGAGGGUGGAAUGGACAAACUUGAAAAAGAUGACCCCCUGGAAGCUGAGGAGGAUGAUCUUGCGGACUACGUCCCCUCUGAGCCCGAGGACAUGUUCAUCCCCGAGGAGGAGUUUGAACCUGAUCUACCUCUUCCACUACCGAUUGCGGAAGGCGAAGUCAAGGACCCGGAGGACCCCAUCGACAAGCGCAUCGAGGAGCUCACUACCAAGGUGGAGUUGGCCACAAUUUACCUGAUGGUGCCUAUGCGAAGCCGCCACACACACGACGUGCUGGAAGCGGCGCAGGCCAUGUACAACAAGCUUCGGAAGGCGCAUUUGCCGAUUAUGCAGAUACACUCUGACAGAGCACGCGAGUUUAGAGCAAGAUCGUUCAGAAGGUGGACCAUAGACAAGGGAGUGUUCCACUCCCGUACCAGUGGAUCGGAACCAGCGGCCAAUGGAACGGCCGAAUGUGCCGUGAAGUUCUUCAAACGGAGAGCCAGACAGCUACUGAUCACUUCUGGUGCGGAAGCAAGAGAUUGGCCUCUCGCAGCUCAACAUGCUGCGGAGCUUCAUUGGAGGGGCAUGAUGCUCGAUACCGAGGAGUGGCACCAGAUGUACAAGGAGGCCAUGUACUUUGUCGAGAAGAUGGUGGAUUGGUUGAGGACAAAGUCAAAGGGCGUGGAAGAGAUCACCGACAAGGACCUCGAAGACCUUUUUGACAUUGACAAGAGGGAAGUGAUUGAGGCCCCCCCAGUGAUGUCGAGAAUGGUUACCGAACCGGAAAAACUACAUCCUGCCGAGGCCUACGCUCUGAAGAUCCUCACCAAUAUUUCCACGGAAGCAGUGCAGCCCAACCAGAUUCACCACCUCUUCAACCUUUUGCCGGAUGAACGUUUUCCCCGAGGUGAAGUACCACCGGGUGAAGUAAAUGAGAACAACUCCAGAUCACGGGCGAAAGAAAAGAAGGCCUGGUCAACAGGCGCCUUCAUCCAUGGAGGAGUGGCGGGCCUAAGGCGUUCUACGAGGUCGUUCCCAACAACCACGAAAGUGAUCAAUGCUUACAUCAAGCAGGUGGACCCGAACCACCAAUGGACCUCAGUGGCCAUCCUCAAGAACCACCAGACCGCGAUGCACAAGGAUCCCCACAACAGCCUCUACCACCAAACGCUUUUGGCUCCUUUGACGAAGUUCCGGCGUGGUGGACUGUGGGGCGGAAAGUGGAUGGACAUGUGCUACAAGUAUCUCGAGGUCCAAUAA